AUGUUUCUGGCUUCUGCACGAAGUCGUGUCCUGUCGCCUUCUCUCGGACGUGCUCCUGCUUUGCGACUCUCUAACCGGACUUCUCCUACUCUAGCAAUGGCUCCUCAGCGACGGAAGCAAUCGUCAGUCCCCGAGGGCUACGUCGAAGACCUGUCCAAAGGCAAAUUGCUCCGCUUUGAGGACUCGCUUCCCAAGCUCCCCGUCCCUUCUCUGGAAGAGACCAGUAGCCGCUACCUGAAAUCCGUCCACCCGCUGCUAUCGGCCUCUGAGUUCGAGCGCACAACCAAGGCCGUGCAAGACUUUGUCAAACCCGGCGGUGUCGGCGAGACUCUUCAGAAGAGGCUUGUCGCGCGUCGCGAUGACCCAAAGAAUAAGAACUGGCUGACCGAAUGGUGGAACAAUGCUGCCUACCUCGGCUACCGUGACCCCGUGGUGCCGUAUGUUUCGUACUUUUACUCAUAUCGCGAUGAUCGCAAGCGUCGCAACCCGGCUGUCCGAGCAGCGGCUAUCACUACUUCGGUCCUCGACUUCAAGCGCCAAGUCGACGAUGGUUCCCUUGAGCCCGAGUAUCUGCGCCGUCUGCCAAUGGCCAUGAGCUCUUACCAGUACAUGUUCAACUGCACUCGCAUUCCCGCCGAGGGCGCCGAUUACCCUCAGAAAUACUCUGCCCAAGAAAACCAGCACAUCACUGUUGUUCGCAAGAACCAGUUCUUCAAGCUUCCCGUCGUGGUUGAUGGCCAGCAGCUCACUAACGCCGAGCUGCAGCAGCAAUUCGAGCGCAUCUACGAGCGUGCCGAGCACCCGGUGACGCCUGUUGGUGUUUUGACCGCUGCAAACCGUGACCAUUGGACUGCUGCGCGUGCAAAGCUUCUCAGUGUCAGCCCAGCAAAUGCCAAGGCAUUGAAGGAUAUUGAAUCUUCUGGUUUCUUGGUCUGUCUGGACGACGCUGCUCCUGUUACCCUCGAGGAGCGUGCUCACCAGUACUGGCACGGAGAUGGCAGCAACCGCUGGUUUGACAAGCCGUUGCAGUUUAUUGUCAAUGAUAACGGUACUGCUGGAUUCAUGGGCGAGCACAGCAUGAUGGACGGCACGCCGACACACCGACUGAACGACUACGUCAACAAGCUCAUCUUUGGCAACAAGCUCGAUUACGACAACACUUCUGUCCGAUCCACACUCUCGACACCGGCGCCUAUCAACUUUGAGCUCAGUGCCGAAGUUGAACAAGCCGUCAACGAGGCACUCCAAGAACACCGCUCCCAGAUUGCGUCCCACGAGUUGCGCGUGCAGGCAUUCCAGGCAUAUGGCAAAGGCCUCGUUAAGAAGUUCAAGUGCAGCCCAGAUGCUUACGUGCAGAUGCUCAUCCAACUGGCCUACUUCAAAAUGUACGGCAUUAGCCGACCAACAUAUGAGUCGGCCACGACCCGUAAAUUCCAAGAGGGACGUACCGAGGCCACGCGAACCGUGUCUGACGAAAGUGUCGCCUUUGUUCGCGCUCACCAAGACCCGCAGGUGCCUCGUGAAGAGGUUGUCAAGCUCUUCCGCGCCGCUCUUAAACAACACACCAAGUACACCUUGGAGGCUAGCGACGGUCUCGGUGUCGACCGUCACUUGUUUGGCUUGAAGAAGCUGUUGAAGGAGGGUGAGAGCCUUCCAGAAAUCUACCAGGACCCAGCCUUCUCAUACAGUUCUUCUUGGUACCUCUCAACCUCGCAGCUCAGCUCCGAGUACUUUAACGGAUACGGAUGGAGCCAGGUUAUCGACGAUGGGUUUGGCAUUGCUUAUAUGAUCAACGAGGACAGCCUCCAAUUCAACAUCGUCUGCAAGAGACUCGGCGCUGAGCGCAUGAGUUUCUAUCUCAAUGAAGCUGCCCUGGAGGUCCGCGACUUGCUGAUGCCUGAUCUCUUGGCCGAAAAGGAAAAGGCCAAGCUGUAG